UUGUUGCGUACGACACACUCAACUCAACACUCAACUUUCCACGACACGAGACCAAAAUGCUGAACAAGAAGAUCGCCGUAGCCGUCGCCGUGGUGCUCGCCGUGGUCUGCCUGGCGGAGACGCGGGAGGAGAAUCCUCACAAUAUGGCGGACGCACUGCGCCUGCUGCAAGAGCUGGACCACCUGUACACCCAGGCGGCCAGACCGAGGAUCGACCGCCGCGACGUGGGGAGCGUGGACCCCGACCUGUUAGACCGCGCGGUGCGGCUCCUGCAGCUGCAGAAACUUGACCGCAUUUACUCCUACCACACCCGGCCAAGGUUUGGCAAGCGGUCUGACUCCUUUACGAACUGGGCCAAAGAUCUGGAGAAGCCGGACAUACCUGCCUGGUUAGCUUACGCCAGAAGGAGAUGAGGGGCGAAACCGUCGGGCGCAUAUUAACUACGACACACAUAGACAUAUCUUACCCUCUCAAUUAUAUCCCUGACAUAAUAUAUCCUCUAAAGUAUAUAUCCUUAGCAGUACUUCGAAAUUUCAUUUUAACCUUUCUCAAACCCCUGUCCCUGUGUUAACUAGUCAAUUAGUAAAUAAGGUAGUCUUUUCAAUGUUCAAUAUAACGUCAUUAUAAUGUUAUACCAAUAAAGCAAUUUAAAAUGUAAUAUA